AUGUCCAACGGCCAACCCAUCCCCACUCCUCUCCCCUCCUCCUACACCAACUCACCAUACACCGAAAUCAAAAUCUCCCACCACCCGGCCGACUCUCCAACUCCCACUCCCAUCUUGAUAUGCACGCUUUACCGACCCGCCGAGAACAAUGCCUUCACCGACAUCAUGACCGAUGAGAUCGAGCACUUCUUCGGCCUCGCCAGUAUCGACGAUCGGGUCAAGGCUAUCGUGUUAACCGGCCAGGGCAAAUUCUUCUGUCCGGGUCAGGAUCUUAAGCAAGGGUUCAGAUUGACGGGAAACGGCAAGAAUGAAACGGAGAAGAAUCAUCGAGAUGGUGGUGGCCGUGCCUCCCUCGCUAUCAACUCCUGCACAAAGCCCACUAUCGCUGCCAUCAACGGCCAUGCCGUCGGUGUGGGCAUCACCAUGACUCUCCCCUGCACUAUCCGCGUCGUCUGGUCCGGCGCCAAGAUCGGCUUCGUCUUCUCCCAACGCGGAGUCAUCGCCGAAGCGUGCUCGUCUUUCUUCCUCCCUCGCUUGAUCGGCACGUCUCGAGCCUUACAGCUGGCGAUCACCGGUAGUGUGUAUCCGGCGAAUCACAAGGCUUUUGACGGACUGUUCUCGGAGCUGGUCGACAGACAGCAAGAUGUUCUACCAAGGGCAUUGGAGGUCGCAGAACUGUUGGCAGAGAAGACGAGCACCGUCAGCACAUUCAUGAUCCGCGAGAUGUUCUACCGAGGCGUCGGCAGUGCCGAGGAGGCGCAUUUGUUGGAGAGCAGAGUGAUGGCGAAUUUGAGAGAGUCUUCCGACAAUCAGGAAGCUGUCGAUGCAUUCAUGCAGAAGAGGCCGGCCAAGUUCACGGGGUCGAUGCAGAGCGACUAUCCGCCCGCAUACCCGUGGUUCUCAAGGGUGGACACGAAGAAUCGUCCCAGGGCAGAUCCGAGGACCAAUGCGAAGCCGAAGUUGUAG